GGAAAAUUGUGAUGAUCCGUUGGGCCGUGCUUGAGCCCAGUCCUUCUACUCACGAUGGCGGUUGAUAAGAAUUGGAAAGCAGCCAUAGCUGAUGCGCACGCUCUUCUGACUAGCACACUCGUCCGCACGCCGGUCAUCAAGUCCGACUCAAUUGCAGAAUUGUUAAAGAAGCGCCUCCGGGAGAGUGGGCUCAGGCCACCAUCGAUUGAACUUUUCUUCAAAUGUGAAAAUUUACAAACGACGGGGUCAUUCAAACUUCGAGGGGCAACGCAUUUCCUCAACAAACUGUCAGAUUCUCAGCUGAUUCGUGGCAUAGUUGCCUAUAGUACAGGAAAUCACGCACUCGCAACCGCCUGUGCUGCCCAAACGGCAUCGCAGCACAAAAACAUAGCGAUUCCGUGCACAGUCAUCAUGCCUCUCACUGCCAGUCCUUAUAAAAUCGCAGCGGCGAAGCGGUAUGGAGCUAAAGUCAUUCUUCGCGGUAACAAUACGGCUGAUGGUGCCUUACUUGCACACAAGAUUGUAAAAUUACAAAACGCAACGCUCAUUCCGCCGUCCGGAGACGAGGACAUCAUGCUGGGACAGGCGACAGUGAUGAUGGAGUUUGCUGACCAAAUUCAGGAUAUGGGCCACCAGCCUCUUGAUUUGGUACUUGUACCAUCGGCUGGAGGCGCACUCCUUGCCGGAACCGGGCUCAUCUGCGAAGGGUCUGGUACACUGGUCAUAGGCACUGAGCCGAAGAAUGGCGGUGCUGAUCUCCGCAUUGCUCGUCAAAGGGGGGUUCGACAGGGGAGUAUCAACCAAGACUUCACGACCAUUGCCGAGGGGCUGCGAUCUCCGACCGCUGACUUCAACUGGAGAUUUCUCUGCGACAGCAAGUACGUUCGAGACGUUUUCGGCGUCACAGAAGAUUCAAUCAAAAUCACUAUGCGCAUUAUGGUGGAAGAACUGAAGAUGGUUGUUGAGCCGAGUGCGGCGGUCAGCCUGUCAGCUCUGUUGUUUAACAACGACUGCUUACGACUCCUGUCUACGAGAUCUUCAUGGAGGAUAGGUAUCAUCAUCAGCGGGGGUAACAUCAGUGUCGAUAAGAUGCUUGGAUUAAUUCAGCAGUAG